AUGAAUGCCAGCGCAACUUUGAAUGUAUUUAAAUUAUUGUACAAUCCACGACUAUGUAUGCCACAAUUAACCGUGCCCACAUUCAAUCAGUUACCAAUUCCCUUAGCUCCAGCAAUAAAAGCCAUUGUGAUAGAUAAAGAUAAUUGCAUUUCAUAUCCCCAUGAUGAUAAAAUAUGGCCACAAUAUAAUACCAAAUGGGAACAAUUGAAAACUCAAUAUCCAGGUAAAGCUUUGCUAAUAGUAAGUAACAGUGCAGGUUCAUCGGAUGACAUUGCUCAUAAGGAGGCCAAAAUUUUAGAAGAUAGAACUGGUGUUACCGUUUUGAGACAUUCAACGAAGAAGCCAGGUUGUAAAGAUGAGAUACUGGCACAUUUUAUUGAUAACAAAAUCAUUGAGCAUCCAAAUGAAGUGGCAGUUAUCGGUGAUCGACUUUUCACAGAUAUUAUGAUGUCUAAUAUGAUGAAUUCAUAUGGGGUAUGGAUAAAGGAUGGAGUUGUGCCGUCUAAUGGCCCCAUAUCGAAAAUAGAAAAAAUGCUUUAUACAUUCAUGAACAAAUGA